AUGAUUGUGAAGCAAAAAAGAGAAAUUUUUCAUGUCUCAUUAAGAAGAAAUUAAAGAGAACAAAUUUUUUCAAAAAAAAGGAUCUUAGACGUUCCUAAUUAAUAAUUUGAAACCUCAGAAUAAGCAAUUCUUUUUUUAAAAGGAGAAAUGUCCAAUUAAAUUAAUUUAUAAGAGAUUUUUUCAGAAUUACAUCAAUUAUUGCCAAGAUAUAGUGAAUUACAUUUGAAAACAAUGCCAUAUAUAAUUUAAGGAGUUUAGAAAUAUUUAGAGGUUAUUUAGAAAUCUUUGCUUUAUAUGAAUGAAGAAGAUCGAGAAAUAUCAGAAUCUACAAUAAUCUAAAUACUUUAAUAUUUAGGAUCAUUGACUUAUUACAUAAAGGUGGAAUUUGAUUUGGAAAAUUUAUUAGAUAUGUUAGUAGCAAUAUUGAACUCAACAGAUGAAUUCAAAAUGAUUGAAAGAUUAUGUUUAAUAUUAUAAAAUCUUCUUUCUGACUUUGAUGAUACUUCAUCAUAUUUACUUAAGUGUGAUAUUGUAACUAAGUUGGCAAAUAAAUUUUUAGAUUGUGAUUUAAAUUAGGAUUUAAAUAAUUUUGCUCCUAUGUUUAGAGUAUUAUCAUAAUUAAACGAAGUCAGCUAUUAUGAAUUCAAUUAAAUUCAUCCAUUAUUACAUAGAUUAUAAAAUGAAUCCUAAGUGGAUUCCUCAAUAUAUUGUGAAAUUAUAGAAGGCUUUUUUGCUUUUUUAAUAUAAUGCACAAAUUCAUCAAAUAAAUAGGAUGACACAUAGAAAUUAUAAUAAUUUUAGUUAUUUAAUAAGUUAUUUGAAUUUUAGUAUGUAAAUUGGUCUGUAAGUUUAUUAUUAAAGUACAAAAAUUAAAAAAAUUUAGUAAAAAACAUAUACUCAUUUCUUAAUAACUUAAGUUUUGGAGAUUGCGCUAAGAAAUUAAUUUCUUAAGGAGUAUUGACAAUUAUAAUUGAACAUUUGUAAGAUAAGGUUGUUUAAUAAAAUCAACUCUAUUCUUUAUUAGCAAAUAUCAUAUUUGAUGACUUGGAAAGUGUUUUGAAAAGUGGUAUAUUCAAAAAAAUAUAUUCACAUUUUGAAAAAGGAUUUCCAAAUGCUGAUUAUAUAAAUGACUUAAUACAUAGUAUUUCAAAUGCUUUUUAUACAGCAAAUGAAAGUUAAAUAUUAGAAUUAAUAAAAUUAAGAUUGUCAGAUUGUUUAAUUCUAUAUAUUAGUGAAUACCCAUUAGAACUUUUAGAUUAGGAAUUGUGUAAUUCAAUCUUUUAAGCAAUUAAUAUUGUUUUUGUUUAAUAACCACCGAAAUCUAUAUACAGCUUAAAAAGAAAAAUAAAAAAUGAUUCUAAAUUUCUUGGAAGAAGCAAUAAAAUUUAUGAAAAAGGUAAUAAGGAAGAUAAAGAAUAUGAAGAAAUGAUGGAAUUAUUGAAUUUAAAGGAUUGA